UACAAAUUUUCUCAUUGUGAUGCGUUCUGUGACUCUUUUCACUCAUUGGGGCUUUGGAGUCUGAAUCGCACUGACCUUACCCCUGAUCCUAGAUGUAAUGGGGCAGUUUUUGGUAAUAGCCCAUUUGUAGAAUUUAUUUUCUCGGCUUUCUGUCAUGAGGCUGUUGAAUUUAGCAGCACAAACAUUUAAUUAGAUGUUGAGUAUGUAGCUGGUGACUCUUGCGACACGAACUCUCAGGUAUGCCCAUAUAUUCAAAUGUUUGUUCCCACCUGGGCAGUCAUGACACGGCUUUCGAAGUGCCUAAUGCUUACAAAAACGAACCAAGACGAUGGCAUCACGGAUGAUUCACCAUUUAUUGAUUUUGAGUUGGAGUUUAGGUCCUUCGAGAACAUCUACCUCAACCUGUCGAAGCAGCCGGGCGUCACACGAUUCGCGGAGUCCGGAUGGGGAUGGAAACCUUCCAAAGGCGGCGACGGUACAUACACGCUCGAUAAGACGAACAUAAUAUCCGCGCAGUGGAGUCGGGCAGCACGAGGCUACGAAGUCAAAGUGCUUGCACGAAACGAUGGCAUCGUUCAGCUCGAUGGCUUCAAUCAAGAGGAUUUUGAUCGGAUAGCAAGGUCUUUCAAGAUAUGGUAUGGUGUCAACCUGGAGAGUAGGGAGCAUGCUUUGCGCGGAUGGAACUGGGGCAAGGCCGAAUUCGGAAAAGCGGAAUUAUCGUUCAACGUGUCCAACCGACCUGCGUUCGAAGUGCCUUACACCGAAAUUUCGAACACAAACUUGGCGGGAAAGAACGAAGUUGCCGUAGACUUCUCCCUCCCAGCCGAUGCGGACGCGGGCACCAAUGGAGCUCUCGGUGGAGCCCAAUUUCGGGGAAAGAAGUCGGUUGGUGCGAAGGACCAACUUGUCGAAAUGCGAUUCUACAUACCCGGCAUGACCUCCAAAAAGGAGAAGAAAGAGGACGGCGAAGAAGAGUCGGGCGGAGAGGAAGGAGAGGUCGAAGAACAAAAUGCGGCCAACCUCUUCUAUGAGACGCUCAUGGAGAAGGCUGAGAUUGGCGAGGUUGCCGGUGACACAUACGCAACUUUCUUGGAGAUUCUACACCUGACCCCACGUGGCCGUUUCGACAUUGACAUGUAUGAAAGCUCGUUUCGUCUGCGAGGCAAGACGUACGAUUACAAGAUUCAGUUUGAUGCUGUCAAAAAGUUCAUGGUUCUACCCAAGCCAGAUGACAUGCAUACGCUCAUUGUCGUGGGUUUGGACCCUCCGCUGCGACAGGGUCAGACGCGUUAUCCCUUCCUUGUCAUGCAAUUCAAGCGGGACGAGGAAGUCAAUCUCGACUUGAACAUGCAGGCGGAUAUACUCGAAUCGAAAUAUAAAGACAAGUUGCAGUCACACUACGAGGCCCCUAUCGCAGUUGUCGUCUCCGACAUUUUCCGUGGAUUAACCGGCAAACGUAUCACCAGACCUUCUCGAGAUUUCGUCAGCCAUCACGAGCAAUCCGGUGUCAAGUGCUCGAUCAAAGCUAACGAGGGACACUUGUUCUGCCUGGACAAAGCCUUCGUAUUCGUGCCUAAACCGGCAACUUACAUUAGCAUGGAACACGUGCAGUCGGUAACCAUGUCUCGUGUAGGAGGAGCCAUGGCGGCAAGCCGGACGUUUGACAUCACAUUCACCAUGAAAGGUGGAAUGGCUGAACACCAGUUCUCCAAUAUCAAUCGUGAGGAGCAGCAACCCCUCGAGAACUUUUUCAGGGCUAAGGGGAUCAAAACUAAGAACGAAAUGGCUGAUGAUUCUGGCGCAAUCCUCGCGGCCGCCCUUCAGGAUGACGACCUUGCUUCUAGUGAUGGUGAAGUCGCCAAUCGAGGCAGCGCAGACGAAGAUGACGAGAGCGUCGAUGAAGACUUCCAGGCAGACUCCGAAUCGGAGGUGGGCGAAGAGUACGACGAGGACCAUCAGAGCAGUGGUGACAGUGAUGAGGAGAUGGAAGAUGCUGACAGUGACGGUGGCGACAACGCAGCAGAGGAAGAGUUGGCAGAACGCCCCAAGAAGAAGCUCAAAACGGCAAAGUGAUGGAACCUAUCCGCACGCGCAAAGCGAAUAUCAUGGUACAGAGGCGGUGACGGCAGCAGUCUGCCGA